CGAGAAUCAAUUGAAGUUGCUCAUCCUCAACUGCCGCAUGAGGCUGAAGUGCUCAAGCUACUUAAAGGAGCGAGUUUCAUACCAACUGUACAUUGGUUUGGAACAGAAGGCAUAUAUAAUGCCAUGAUUAUUGAUUUAUUUGGGCCCAACCUGAGAUUACUACGAAAAGCGUAUGCAAAACUUCCUGUACAUUUCGUUAGUGACGUGGCUCAGCAAAUGGUAACGAUAUUAGAAUACAUACAUAAACAAGGUGUUGUGUACAGGGACGUUAAGCCCGAUAACUUUCUUCUAGAAAAAAACUUUCCGUUACAAAUAAGUCGGCUUGCCGCAUUUGAUUCUGACGAUGAUGCAUCCGAAGCAAAGCUUAAGGAUCUAAAGCUUUUGGUCAGCAGAAAACACCAUAUUAGUAUCGUGGAUUUUGGGUUAUCUUCGUUCUAUUUAGAUCAUGAAACCGGAAAGCAUAUUCCAAAAAAUCAACAUUUGACAAAGAAUAAAACUGGAACAGCUCGUUACGCUUCUCUAAGUGUUCACAAGGGACUUCAGCACUCUCGUCGUGACGAUAUGGAGUCUCUAGGUUAUGUUUUGCUAGAAUUAUUACGAGGUGAUCUUCCUUGGGCUGGAGUUACCGCACGUAAUUCACGUCAAGGGUGGGCAAAGAUGUUAAAGAUAAAAGAGGAAAUCCCAUUAGAGGAAUUAUAUGACGGCCUUCCAAGAGGAUUUAUGCUCUAUCUUCAAUAUACGAGAAGUUUACAGUAUGAUGAAGAACCGGAUUAUAAUCGCUUGCGAAAAUUGCUAGCUGAUACGGUUGGAAGUGGGAUGGAGGCCGAAAAAGUGACUAGAGAACCUCUAUUUUUUGAUGAUGUUUGUGAACGUCCUCUUUCUCCACGUCAACGGAGUAUUAGGUCACAAUCUCCGCUGACGAUAAAAUCACCACGUGGUGGAAAUGAUUAUGAUGAUGAUGUGACUUAUGCUUCCCCUCCACCAUCACCUUUUUAUAAAAGGAAGAACUUUUCAUGGCGUACUAAAAACAAGGACGAAAUUAAUUGUUUUGGUACACCAGAACGUUCAAAUUCUUUAACCAUAUCUCCUAGCAGCACAAAUACGACUCCAUAUCAAAAAUUCAAUACUGUAUCUCCUCGUUCAUUCUCGUUACCUUACCGUGAUCCUGGUUUCGCAGAUAACGGUUAUCAUCCUAAUGGUCGGGAUGAACGACGUGCAAAACGUCCUGAAAAUAUCAGAAAGCCUCCUUAUGUUAGAAGGCAUUCCACAAAAACCCCUUGGAACAUUAUUAAAGAUUCAAAUACGCAAUGGGAGCAAGAUGUUCAACAGAAAUGUGAGAAUGCUUGGAAAAAUGGUCAAUCUUGGAAUGAUAAUAAUUUCGAUAGCCAAGAAAUAAAUUCGGUUCCCUCAACUCCAAUUAAUGA